GAGGCCGGGAGCGGAAUUCCCAGGGCUGCGCUCUCCCUCCCCGCGCCCCACCUCCACCCUCGCCCCGGCCCCCAGUGCGCAUGCCAGGGAGGAAGCUCCCUCGCUCUACCCCCUCCUCUUCCUGGCACUGAGUCCAGGGGGGGAGGGAGUGGAGUGAGACAGACACUGGGGGGGUGGGGGCGGAGAGCACCAAGGAUCUCUCGCACCCUGACCCCCCACCCCACGCGCCCACUGCAGGGGGCACCACCCAGAGCCCCCCCCGGGGAGGGGCGGGAGGACAGACUGGAGCUGGCAGCUGCUGCUGGGGAGGGGGCACCAUGAAGCCAGGUGUUGGCUAGUGUGGCCAGAGAGUGGGCGCGAGCUCACCAGACUGGGCACUGCCUGGAUCCCAGAGGAAAGGUUGCUUGGACUAUGAGUGCCAGGAGGGAGUGUGCCGACCCUUAACACCGCCUGCCGCGAGGUUUGCAGCCAUGAGCAGGUGCCCAAGCGCUGAGGGAGCACAAUGAAUGGCGGCGAUGAUUGCUGUGGUGUGGAUCGAGGUGGGCGCCCAGCAGUCGCACCUGUGCCUGUGGGCUGGCAGCGCAGGGUGGAAGAGGGUGGAGUGCGCUACAUCAGUCCUAGCGGCACAAGCCUGGCUUCGUUGGAGCAGACUUGUGCGUACCUGCUGGCGGACGGCACGUGCAAGUGUGGCCUGGAAUGUCCCCUCAACGUGCACAAGGUUUUCAACUUUGACCCAACAGCAAUGGUGACGGGCAGCGAAGCCGCCAAGGGAGACGAGGACAUGACCAAGCUGUGCAACCACCGCCGGAAAAUCGUGGCAAUGGCCACCCUCUACCGCAGCAUGGAGAGCCAUGGACCACUGAGCCUGCCACACCUGGGGCCAGGGGCCCUGAACCAGCCCUCUCAGCCGCCCACGCCAGGACCCAGCAGUCACCUGCAGCAGACUCUUCCCUGCAAAGCACCUACCCCCUUGGCUAAGGUCCCAGAAUCCUUCCUGCAGUGCCCCUCUGAUCGCUACGGCAACGCCUGGUCUGGCCAGAGCUCCUCCUUCCCGCAACACCAUUACACUCUCUUGGGGGACGUCUUCCCAGGCCGCCUGCCUGCCACCACGAAUGGCAACACCCGCCCAACUUUUCCUGCUGAACUGAAUGCCGUCGGAGGUUUCUUUCUGCCGAACAAGGCGCUCCUGGAUGCACCGCCCCGGCCCUAUCCCUCGAGCGGGCUUUUCUCUUCACCGGACGAGGUGGUUCCAGGCCAGGAGGGCAGCCCCUGGAACAGCCGCCCAGUCCCUCUGGGGUCGCAGACUAGCGCCACAGGCUCGCCCGCCCCCACCACCCUCUCCUCCGUUUCAUCGCCGGCGGGAAGCACCGAGCCCUCCCCGCAACGCUCUCGGCAUUCCUCCGCUUCUUCAGAGCAGGGGCUCGCCGGACACCGGCCAGCCCCCAAACCUUCUGGCUUGGAUGCAGCCCCCCCGGCCAACGCCUUAAUCAACCAAAGCAGCAAUAACCUGCCCUCAGUGCCCUUAGGAGUUGCCCCCGAAGGCAAAGGACCGCCCGGCCUGCUGCUUCUUCACCCACAGGGCCCAGGCUCUUUCCCAGCCAGCAGCUUGUUGAGCGCAGCCGCCAAGGCCCAGCUGGCCAGCAGGGGGCGUCCUGACGAGCUGGCUGCCAGCACUUUACCCAGCCGCUUGCUGCUCUCCGUGGUGGGAGGACGGCCGCCUCGGCGCCAGCGCCGCUCCCCCACUGUCCUGCGCCUGCUCAAGGACUCCCACUCAGGGCAGGCCGCAGCCGCCCCCUCUGUGGAGAUACCGACUCGACACCCCCGGCCUCAGGACCAGCCGCCGGCAGGAGAGGCCAAGAAUGGACCCCCGAGCACGGCAGCUCCAGUUCAGCCGCUGUCAUCCCUGCUCAGCUUGCUUGGCCCUCCCGUGAGCUCACUGGCAUCUGGGCUCCCCCCGCUGCCCCCGACCCCUGCUGGCGAUGGCCCCGGCCCGUUGCCCUCCUUUCAGGACUUCAACAGCCAGCUCCUCAGCCUCUUUGGGCAGCUGGCCUCAGCGUCUUCCGAACAGAUCUCAGGGAGCCCCCCGCAGCCAAAACCUCCCAUCUCCCCACUUGGUCCCCACGGCCCCCCAGGUGCUGCCUCUGUGUCACCUUUGACUCCCAAAGCCCCUCCGGUGCCCAGCCCUGUCGCGUCGUCCACCAUGGAGGGACUGGGCUGCCCACUGCCCUCGGGCACCGAUACGUUCCCUUUCCUGGCACAGGAACAGGCGCUGCCGUUUGGGAACGCUCUACCUCCAGGGCUACUCCCACUGGGCUCCUUCCCCUUCUCGCUGACCCUGGGCCCUGAGACUCCCCUUCCUCCUAUUAGCCUGCAGGGGGAGCCAGAGGGACACCCUUUGCUGCCUCUGGUGCUGCCCAGCUUGGAUUUGCUGCAGCAACCAAGUGGACUGUUGGCAUCACUGCUGGCGUUGCCAGGGGUGCCGUGCGAGGGCGAGAGGGAAGCAGCAGCAACUGCAGAGCCCCUGCUGGAGCCGUUUGCCAGCCUCCCCGAAACUCUGCAGCCUCUGCUUUUCCCAGCACUUUCGACUUCUCCAGCUGUCCUAGCUUUAAAUUCAGCACUGUUGGCAACCAGCCUGGGCCCUUCGGACACAGGGCCAGGCGCUACACAGACCGGCCUGGCUGGCACUCCUGUGGCACCUACCUCCACUAGCACGACAUCAACAACUACUGAGGGCACCACCCCAGGCACCCCCAGCACCUCAGGGAGGCUUAACCCCCUGAUGCCCCAGCUUGUAAACCCGCUGCUGAGUACCACACUUCUGGGUGAUCUGUCAAUGCUGAACUCUGCCCCAGGUCCCUCCUUGAUUGGCAGCCCCCUGCUUCAAGCCCAGCAUCCCCUUCUGCCCCCCAACCUGCAAGGGCCUCUGGGGCUCCAGCUUUUCCAAGGACAGCUGCCCCUCUUAGCAGGCUCCAACCCCCUAGCCUGCCUCCUCCAGAGCUUGCAACUGAGCCCUGGCUUUGGUGCCCCAGAGAAGCCAGUGCUACCCAGCGAAGCUCCAGCCCCCAUUUUGCCCAGUGUUCCCCCCGCACCAGAGACGGAGCCCGGCCACAGUACUGUGUUGCCCCCCUGCACGGACACUGCCCCCACAAGUGCCUUAGAGACACCCAGCACCCUCGAGCCGGCCAGGCAAGGACAGCAGGAAGCCCCUCUGGGGCAGGAGGCUGGCGGCUCCCGCUCCCCCCUGAAGCGACCCCACUGCAGCGCUGAGGAGCUGAAUGGGGACUCGGGCAGCAGCCUCCCACGCGGGCUGGGACGGGGCGGCAAGUCUGGACGGCGUGGCGGCGGGCGGGGCAGGGGCCGACGGCACUUCAACGGUCAGCUACCGGAGUUGGGUGCAGGGCACCCGUCCCAUCCUGCCUGGCGCUGCAAUGGAGAGAUGUUGGCCAGCAGCGCUGAUAGCCAAGGAGGGGCAUUUGCAGUACAGGAGAUCAAGGGCCCCCCUGGAAGGCGACCGUCUCGACGUGGCCGGAGAAGGAAAAGCAGUGGCCCCCGGCCUACUGCCAGACUUGAGCCUACACGGAUCCGGGGUCCCAGUGCAGAUCCAGGCCCCAGCCCAUUGGUUGAUUACACUGUUGUGCGGCGGCCACGGCCCGGCCGGCCAGUGAAAAACAGGAGGAGGAAACUGCCGACCUAGCAGCACCGCUGCGCUCAAGGGGGCUUCCACCACUGUCCGACGUCUACGCAAAAAGAGCCUUAGGACAUCCCACCAGCUUCCGCCUCCGUCCUCCCGCCCCGCCCCUCCGAUUCAUCUCUGCUGCCCAGCCCGUGUUGCACACAUACGUGGGUGGGAUUUCGGGGGUGGGGGUGGGGUGGAGGAGUGAAGGGAAAUGCCAGCCAGAGGAAGCUGCUGUCGCUGCUGCUGGGCUCUUGGCGCCUUAGCCGUGAAUGUGUUGUCGCUUCACCAGUUGCCUGGGUCCUGAAUCUCUCCAAGGGGCACCCCUUAAAGCACAAGGUGUGGCUCUUCGCUCAGCAUUAAUUGGGGGCAGGAGUGGGCAAAGGAGGUAUUAGAGCUGGACACACCCAUAGCACUUCGGGAAGCCAUUUUUGCAGCACUCUGGAGGGGGCGGCGGAGCAGCCUCUUUUGCCUCCCGCCACCCCCAUCCCCCCAGGCUUGCGACUCUCUCCACCUCGGCAAAUCCUCCCCCCCCCCCCUUCCUCUGUUGGGACUCAGAACCUCUGCAGGAGUAGCAAGGGCUGCGUGCUCCAGGAAGGGGCAGUCUCUGCCCUUUCACUUCCCACCUUACCUCAGACCUGCGUGCGCUGCAGCACCCGGGUAAGAACCGGCUCAGGGUUUAAUACAAGAAUUGGUCUCAUUCUCGCCCCCCCCCCCCCAACCUUCCUUUCUGCCUCACCAAAAACUCACACACAGAAUAAUUCCUGGCCCUAGCGCUAAAGGUACAAAGCAAUAAGGAGAAUAAGCCACACUCGGGGUGGAUUCACUCCCAUCCACAGCUCGGAAACUCAACCCGCACCCACCCUGCGACUCGGUCCCCGCAUCGCCAUAGAGAAGCUGUUAGAACAGAGUGGAAAAGCCGGGGGGUGGUGGUGGAAGGAUCUGCUUUCUCCCAGGCUCCAGUUAGGGCCCUGGGACUGGUAGGAGCUCCAAUGAAAACCUACCCACCUGUUCUCAGGUGCAUGUUCUCUUCAAACCCCCCCCGC